AUGUCAUUAGUGCUGGGUAUACUAGAAGAGAAAGCUUUCACAGUAUCAAUUAACCUACGUGAAGAAUCAUUGCCCAUAUUCAAAAGAAGGCUUUUGGGUGACUUGCUGGACUUCUCUGCAAGAGAACUACGGGAUCAGACUCAAGUUAUUGCUGCAGCAGCAGCUGGUGUGGCAGCUGAGGGAUUGUCACCUAAGGAUGCAAAGUUGCAUGCAGAGAAUGCUGCCCAGCUUUCUGUAGCUUUGGUUGAGAAUGCAAUUGUGAUUUUGAUGCUUGUUGAAGACCAUUUACGAUUACAAAGCAAACUUUAUAGUGCUUCACGUUUGCCAGCUAUAUCUCCUUCCCCUCUUUCAAAUAUUUUGCCCGUGGGCAACCACUCUUCAACUGCAGUGGGUGGAGAAACUCUUGAACCAGUGAAUACUUGUAACUCAACAUCUAGCAACUCUAAAGGACUCUCUCUUGAUGUUCUUGCUUCAAUGGCUGAUGCUAAUGGGCAAAUUUCUUCAGCAGUAAUGGAACAGCUUACUGCUGCUGCUGCAGCAGAACCUUACGAAACAGUUAACUGUGCUUUUGUAUCAUAUGGAAGCUGUGUUGUAGAUUUAGCAGAAGGAUGGAAAUACAGGAGUCGACUGUGGUAUGGUGUUGGCCUUCCUUCAAAGGCAUCAGAGUUUGGUGGUGGUGGCAGUGGCUGGGAAUCUUGGAAAUCUGCACUGGAGAAAGACACUAAUGGAAACUGGAUUGAGCUUCCGUUAAUAAAAAAGUCAGUUGCAAUGCUUCAAGCAUUACUAUUAGAUGAAUCCGGGCUUGGUGGUGGUCUUGGUAUUGGAGGAGGAUCUGGUACUGGAAUGGGAGGCAUGUCACCACUUCACCAGUUAUUAGACAGUGACCAACCAUUCCUAUGUAUGCUCCGGAUGGUGCUUGUUUCAUUGAGGGAAGAUGAUGAAGGUGAUGACCGCAAGCUCAUGCUAACUAUGGAAGAUAGGUCACUGGAGAAUUUUGGUGGACAAACCAGCAGUAUUGCAUCUUUUAAUUCAAACAUCCAAAUGUCAAUGAGAAAACCACGAGCUUCAUUGCUGUGGAGUGUGUUAUCUCCUAUCCUGAUAAUGCCUAUUUCUGAAUCAAAAAGACAGCGAGUUUUGGUUGCAUCAUGUGUUCUAUAUUCUGAGGUGUGGCAUGCUAUUGGCAAGGACCGGACCCCUCUGCGCACACAGUAUCUAGAGGUCAUUUUACCUCCAUUUGUUGCUGUUUUAAGAAGGUGGCGACCCCUUUUGGCAGGAAUUCAUGAACUUGCUACUGCAGAUGGUAUAAAUCCUCUUGUUGCUGAUGAUCGUGCCUUGGCUGCAGAUGCUUUGCCUAUUGAGGCUGCUCUUGCUAUGAUAUCUCCUAGCUGGGCUGCAUCUUUUGCAUCACCUCCUGCUGCUAUGGCAUUGGCGAUGAUUGCUGCUGGUGCCGCUGGAGGAGAAACCACUCCUCCUCCAACUUCUUCACAGCUGAGGCGCGACUCUUCAUUGCUGGAGCGGAAAACAACUAAACUUCAUACUUUUUCAAGCUUUCAGAAACCUUUGGAGGCACCUAAUAAAUAUCCAGCUGCUUCCAAGGACAAGGCUGCUGCAAAAGCUGCUGCCCUGGCUGCUGCAAGAGACCUUGAGCGCAAUGCAAAGAUUGGUUCAGGACGAGGUCUCAGUGCGGUGGCAAUGGCUACAUCAGCGCAGAGACGGCAAAAAAGUGAUACAGAGCGGGUUAAGAGAUGGAAUGUUUCUGAAGCCAUGGGAACAGCCUGGAUGGAAUGCUUGCAGUCUGUUGAUUCAAAAUCCGUGUAUGGAAAGGACUUCAAUGCUCUAUCCUAUAAAUAUGUUGCUGUCCUCGUAGGAAGUUUAGCUUUGGCUAGAAACAUGCAACGAUCUGAGGUUGAGAGGAGGUCUCAAGUUGAUAUAAUAGCUCGGCACCGGUUAUCCACUGGAAUUCGUGAGUGGCGCAAGCUGAUUCACUGCUUGAUCGAGAUGAAAUGUCUUUUUGGACCUUCUUGUGAUCAUUUAUACAGUUCUCAACACGUUUUCUGGAAGCUAGAUUUUAUGGAAAGUUCUUCCAGGAUGAGGAGGGUUUUGAAGAGGAACUACCAAGGUUCAGAUCACUUUGGUGCGGCUGCAGAUUAUGAAGAUAAUGUAGUGCAGAAGCAUGGGAAAGAUAAAGUCAUAAGUCCAUCCAAAGCUUCUAUCUUAGCUGCAGAAGCUAUCUCGAUUGAGGUAGGAAAUGAAGAGGAAGAGCAAGGUGAUGUCCAUUUGGAUGGUAGCCCAAAUGGCAUAGAACAAAAUGGUGAAUUUCAGACAAGAUCAUCUGGAUCAGCUGAACAACCACUGCAAAUGACAUCAGACUCUAGAGAUGCUCCAGUGACUAACGACCCAGUGUUGCCAAUAGCAUCAGCUGUUGCCCCGGGCUAUGUUCCUAGCGAACAUGAUGAAAGAAUAGUUCUUGAGCUCCCAUCAUCAAUGGUUCGACCACUAAAGGUUCUGAGAGGAAUUUUUCAAAUAACAACGAGAAGAGUCAAUUUUAUUGUUGAUAACACGGAGAGGAAUGAUAUGGGAGAUGGUUUGGACAGCAAGAAUGUGAACAGGGUUCAAGAGAAGGAUCACAGCUGGUUGAUAUCAUCACUUCAUCAAAUAUAUAGCAGAAGAUAUCUUUUGAGAAGAAGUGCACUGGAAUUGUUUAUGGUUGACCGAUCAAACUACUUCUUUGAUUUUGGGGCCACUGAUGGACGAAGAAAUGCAUAUCGAGCUAUUGUUCAAGCUCGUCCUCCUCAUUUGAACAAUAUCUACCUUGCAACUCAGAGACCUGAACAACUUUUAAAAAGAACUCAGCUUAUGGAACGUUGGGCUAGGUGGGAGAUCAGCAAUUUUGAAUAUUUAAUGCAGCUUAAUACACUGGCUGGACGUAGUUAUAAUGACAUUACACAGUAUCCUGUAUUCCCAUGGAUCCUUUCUGAUUACAGCUCACAUGAUUUGGAUCUUUAUAAUCCUGCUUCUUAUCGAGAUCUCUCAAAGCCCAUUGGUGCAUUGAAUGCUGAUAGACUAAAGAAAUUCCAGGAGAGAUACUCCAGUUUUGAUGAUCCAGUCAUUCCCAAGUUCCAUUAUGGUUCACAUUAUUCUACAGCUGGAACAGUGCUGUAUUACCUCAUCAGACUGGAACCUUUUACUACUCUUUCUAUUCAGCUUCAAGGCGGCAAGUUUGAUCAUGCGGACAGAAUGUUCUCAGACAUUGCUGCAACUUGGAAUGGAGUUCUCGAGGACAUGAGUGAUGUAAAGGAAUUGGUCCCUGAACUAUUUUAUCUCCCAGAGGUUUUAACCAAUGUAAACUCGAUUGACUUUGGUACGACUCAAUUGGGAGGGAAGCUUGACUCAGUUCAGCUUCCUCCUUGGGCUGAAAAUCCAGUGGAUUUCAUCCAUAAGCAUCGGAUGGCACUUGAGAGUGAGCAUGUUUCAGCACAUUUGCAUGAAUGGAUCGAUCUCAUAUUUGGGUACAAGCAACGUGGAAAGGAAGCCAUACAGGCAAGCAAUGUUUUCUUCUAUAUCACUUAUGAAGGAACAGUUGAUAUUGAUAAAAUAUCAGACCCAGCACAACAAGAAGCUACACAAGACCAGAUUGCUUACUUUGGCCAAACCCCAUCACAACUUCUUAGUGUACCUCACAUGAAAAGGAUGCCACUGGCUGAUGUCCUACACAUGCAGACCAUAUUCCGGAAUCCCAGAGAGGUUAAACCAUAUGCUGUUCCAUAUCCCGAACGCUGCAAUCUACCUGCUGCUGCAAUUCACGCAUCGUCGGAUUCUCUUGUAAUUGUUGAUACAAAUGCUCCAGCUGCACAUAUAGCACAACAUAAGUGGCAGCCAAACACACCUGAUGGAAAGGGGACACCUUUCCUUUUUGAGCAUGGAAAGUCUGGUGCAAACACGGCUGGUGGUUCGUUAAUUCGAAUGUUCAAAGGACCAACUGGUUCUGGAUCAGAAGAGUGGCAUUUUCCCCAAGCAUUGGCAUUUCCAACUUCUGGAAUUCAAAGCUCUGCGAUAGCUUCUAUCAUAUGUGACAAAGAAAUUAUCACUGGGGGGCAUGUGGAUAACAGUGUCAGGCUGAUAUCAGCAGAUGGAGCAAAAACCUUGGAAAUAGCCAAGGGACAUUGUGCUCCAGUGACUUGCGUAGCUAUAUCUCCUGAUAGGAGCUACCUCGUGACUGGAUCUCGGGACACAACUCUUCUACUCUGGAGAUUACAUCAAGCAUCCACUUCCCGCUCUAGUAGCUCAUCAGAUCCUUCCACUAAUUCAAACAUGUCCACAACCACCAGCAGCAGUGUAGCAGGACAUAACUUGGCAGAGAAAAAUAGGCAACACCGAAUUGAGGGUCCCAUACACGUCCUCCGGGGUCAUCUUGGGGAAAUAAUAUGCUGCAAUAUCAGUUCAGACCUUGGAAUUGUUGCCUCUUGCUCCAACUCUUCAGAGGUCUUGCUUCAUUCAAUUAGAAGAGGCCGGUUAAUUAGAAGGCUUGUUGGUGUGGAAGCUCAUGCUGUCUGCUUAUCAUGUGAUGGGAUCUUAAUGGCUUGGAACAAAUCUCUUCGUACUCUCAGCACCUUUACUCUUAACGGAAAUCUUGUUGCUACAAAACAACUUCCUCUCUCAUCAAGCAUUAGUUGCAUUGAAGUUUCUAUUGAUGGCAAUAGUGCUUUGGUUGGAUUAAACCAAUCAUUGGAAAUAGAGGCCACUGACUUCAGCCGGGAUUUGGCAUCAAAAGGAUAUACAGAUAGUGAAUCAAAUGAAGAAAACACACGGGAUUUGCCAUUGCCUUCAAUUUGCUUUUUUGAUCUUUAUACUCUAAAGGUCUUUCAUAUACUGAAACUGGGAAAAGGGCAAGAUAUUACUACUAUUGCUUUGAACAAGGAUAAUACAAACCUCUUGGUGUCAACAGCUGAUAAACAGUUGAUAAUAUUCACAGAUCCUGCUUUGAGCUUGAAGGUUGUAGAUCAAAUGCUUAAGCUGGGUUGGGAAGAUGGUGGCCUAAGCACAAUAGAAGAUUUGGAAUCAACUGCAAUUUGUGGUAAUGUAUAA